AUGAGAGACCGAAUGUUGUCCUGGCUUCUGAGGGUGGAUGGGAUUUUGCUCAGUCAAUGUUGGGAUGUUAUUAUAGGUAUAUUGUUGCCAUGUCAUCGGAAAGUGAAGGCGAUUCAUGAACGGAUAAGACCAGAAACCUUCCAGUGCUCAGACUUUGACCCUACAUCGUUUAUUAGAUCCUUGGCUACAAUCCAUGAAAUUGAGAAGAUAAACACGGCUGGUUUCCUCCCAGGAGUCCGUCUUGGAUAUUUGAUGUGCGACACAUGCUCAUAUGCAAGCAAAGCACUGCAGAAUGUCAUGCACAUGCUUGCAGUCAACGGCUCUCUAAAUGUAGCAUGUAACUACACUGACUUCAGACCCGGAGUCAAGAUUAUUUUAGGGGCACUAUACUCUGAGGAGUCCAUUGCUGUGGCCCGACUGCUAAAUGUCUACAUGGUCCCUCUACUAAGCAGCACAUCAUCUUCACAAGAGCUGAGUGACAAGCCCCGCUACCCAAGUUUUGUUCGUAUCGUUCCCAGUGAUAUUCAUCAGACCAAAGCAGUGACCAAAAUUAUGCAUCACUAUCAGUGGAACUGGGACGGGGUUGUUUAUGGAGACGAUGAUGACGGCAAGGCAACUUUUGAUAGCUUCAUCAGAGAUGCUGGUGCAAAUAAUGUGUGCUUGGCCUACCAGGAGGUGGUGCCACAUUACCUCGAUCAUGUGAACAAUGAGCAAGAAGAUUUCACUUGGUAUUCGACUGGCAAUAUCACGGCUCCUCAGCCUAGAUGCUCUGAGCCCUGCCCAGGUGGUUCGGAAAAGAAGAUUUUAAAUGUAUCCUGCUGUUACAACUGCACCCAAUGUGUGGAGGGGAUGUACUCGGAUGAUCCAGAGCUUAAUAACUGCAAAAUGAGUCCCAGUGGAACUUGGUCUCUCAAGGGUUGGGACCACUGCCAGCCAAGAUCGGAGUCCUACCUGCGAUGGAGCAAUCCUUAUCCCAUCGCUGUCACCACAGCGGCAGCCCUAGGCAUUUUGCUUUUGCUUUUUACCUUGAUUAUCUUUUUGGUGUACAGAUAUUCCCCAGCUAUAAAAAAAGCUGAGUUGAGAUUGUCCUGUGUGAUGAAGGCUGGUGUGGCAGCGAGCUUUGUAAGCAUGCUAUGCUUCAUGGGCAAGCCUAGUGUACACCUCUGCCGGGCCCGCCAAGUCGUGUAUGCCAUGAGCUUCACCUUGUGUGUGUCCUGCAUCGUAGUCAAGGCCUAUCGGACCUUCCUGGCCUUCUUCCCCCUUGACCAUAUAACAAGCAGGCCACUACACAAACUUUACAAGCCACCUGUGAUUAUCAGUGUGUUAACUGGUGUCCAGGGGAUCAUCUGUCUUCUCUGGAUGAUCUUUGAUUCUCCCGACAUUGAUGACACACUUCCAUCCCUGCAAAGCAUAGAGAAGAUAAUCCAGUGCACUGAAGGUGAGACGUACAUAGGUUUUGGUAUUCUGUUGAGCUACAUAGGUCUACUAGUAUUUGUUUGCUUCCUCUUGGCCUUCAAAGGCAGGAGGGUUCCUCAGGAGAACAGUGAAACAGGCUACAUCAUUUUCAGCAUGCUAAUGCACUUGUUUGUAUGGGUGUGUUUUAUCCCAGUCUAUAUUACCAGAAAUGAAGAGGGCACUAUUGUGUAGGCGUCAGCCAUUCUAGUAUCAAGCUAUGGAAUCUUCUUCUGCCAUUUUUUCCCCAAGUGCUAUGAAGCAUUUAGGGGGUCAAACAGGGACCCCCGACCAAUCAGGCUUAGAAAUAACACAAGGAUAAGGAGAUGUAAGUAUGAUUUCAAGUAUGCAAAGCACUGCAUCUGUGCUGUACACUAA